CGCACGCAUUCGUAUCGCCAUGGAGGGGGACAAGGACCGCAAUGGGGGGAGAGCCCGAGCAAGAUCGGAGGCCGUGCAAAGGCCCAAGGCAGGCCAUCUAUCACCUACGCCAGCAGAUGACUCGGGGGGACGCACAUCACGAGAAGAGUUUGCACAGCCGAAUCGAGCAGCAACUGUCGCUGCUCAGGAGCUUCGAGCACCCCGCCGGUCCGAGACGACUUCGGUGCAGAGGGAUGGGUUAUCAGGACUGCGGCGACGCGAGACAGCAAUGAGCAGGAGGAGCGGCAUCGAGGGCCGCGCCAGCACCAUCGCAGGAAGGUCGAGAGGUCUCACACUGGCAGGUGCACAGGAAGCUCCGGUGAUACAGCAAGCGUAUGAGCCGUAUGUGCACCCGAGCUAUGCAGACCUCAAUCCCGCAUACGAGCAGCCCGCCAACGCCAAGCCGGUAUGGAGUUUGGCAAAACCGUUGCCUCGAGUGGUCCGGCCGGGCAUGGUUCCCACUAGGAGCGAGAUUUUCGAAGCAAGGCAGAAUCCCGAGCUACCAGCAGAGCAGACGCAGCAAGUGGGCAUUGAUGCAGAUCCAAACGAUUUGGAGGCAGGUAGGAUCGACUUCAACCUCAACUACAAGAAGGUGUCAGCUCAGCUCAUGGACUCAAGGGCGCAAAGGGAGAACAACCUCAUCGCCGGCAUGGCGAGGAGGGGGACCUUCGUCUCCAGGGUCGAGCCUCGGGUUACGCGCGCGUCUUCGACAGCUUCUCGGUUUGGGCGGGGCAGAGCAUCCAGCACCGCGACGCAGAAACCGGAAGUAGGCGGAGGAGAUUUGUCUGGAGACGAUGGAAACACACAGGAGCCGCAGCCCAUGUCACCCAGCAUAGAAGGGCCACACUUCCAUGAACAGGAACCCCACUCGCCACUGGGUGCAAUACCGGAGAACAGUGAGCCGCCUCAGACGGGCUCCGAGGAGGAAACGAAAGGCGACGAUGCAUCGCUUGCAACCCUUUCUUAUGACGAUGAUCCCGGGCUGUGGCAGGACAUGGACCCCAUCCACAUAUUCGAUAAUGGUCCACUCCUUGACGAGGUGCAUAAUAAUCACACGUGGUGGUCGGUCGUGAGAACCCAAUACCGCGAAUUUCUCGCAGAGUUAUUGGCCGUUUUUGUGCAGCUCACCAUUGGUUUCUGCGCUGAUACACAGACGACUCUCAAUGACGCCGGCAAUCCCAAUUCGACUGCCUGGGCCUGGUGUAUGGCGACGAUGAUUGGCAUUUACAUAUCGGGUGGUAUUUCCGGAGCUCAUCUCAAUCCUGCCAUUACCAUUGUACUGUGGUUCUAUCGCGGCUUCCCCAAGCGAAAGAUGCCCCAUUACUUCCUGGGCCAAUUUCUAGGAGCCUUUCUCGCCUGUUACGCGGCGUACGGAAUCUACUAUGAUGGGAUCCAGGAAUACCUCAGCAUUCAGACCAACUCGUCGACGGCCAUACUCAAUGGUUUCGUCACGAGUCGGCGCUUCCCGUUCGUGGGUGCCGCCACUGCCUUUUUCAGCGAAUUUGUAGGAACCGCUUUGCUCGCAUGCACGGUCUUGGCGCUGGGAGACGACCAGAAUGCUCCGCCUGGCGCCGGUAUGAACUCCCUCAUCAUCGGACUGGUGAUUUACGGGCUCAAUCUGAGCUUCGUCUACAAUACCGGCCUCGCCAUGAAUUUUGCUCGAGAUUUCGCGCCCCGACUGGCCAUGUUCUCGCUGGGUUAUGGAUCUGAACUCUUUACCAACCCUUACUGGAUCUAUGGACCGGGUGUAGCAACGAUUUGUGGCGCGUUCAUUGGAGCCGCCUUGUACGACGUGGCUAUCUUCACGGGCGGAGAGUCCCCGAUGAAUUAUCCUUGGUCCAGAACGAAACGUAGCAUGAGGAAAAGUAAGGCGAAGUGGAGGAGGAGGUUGCGCAUGAAACCCAAGGAGAAGAAGGUCAUGAAAAAGGAAAUGGAGGGCUGGACGAGUUGA